GCUCAGAUUCAAUCCUAUUCUACCCGUUUCACUCUAAAUUCACUCUCAAAAUAGCGAAUGAAGCGUCUUUGAAUCCUCAUUUUGAGAGACAUCUUGGGUUUGUCCGAACGAUGGGAACCCUCACGAGCUGUUCCCUCACUACUUUGAACUUCAGAUUCCGUGUAUGUCAUACAAGGGGAGCUUUCAGUGGGAGAAUUCGACAAUUGGAGCAUAAGAGCUUGAAGAACAUCUGCUUCUUGUGUACAGAGAGAUCGAAGAGGGAAAUUUUGGGAAGGCGUUUUGAUAGGUUCACUUGUUUUAGUAUAAAUGGGAAUGAGGAAGAGGAUAAUACGUCUAAAGGUUCCAACUUGACGACGACGUCUACCGAAGAGGCGGAGGCGAGAAACGCUGAUGAAUUCAAGUCGGAGCAGACGCCUGCAUCGAUUUCUUCCAGGUCACCAAAUGUGGCUCCUAUGGGACCAGCGUAUGAUAACUUCCAGAUCGAUUCUUUCAAACUGAUGGAACUCCUUGGACCUGAGAAGGUUGAUCCUACUGAUGUGAAGUUGAUUAAGAAAAAGCUUUUUGGUUACUCUACUUUCUGGGUGACCAGGGAAGAACCAUUUGGAGACCUUGGUGAGGGCAUACUUUUUCUUGGAAAUUUAAGAGGUAAGAGGGAAGCAGUUUUUACAAAACUCCAGCGUCAGUUGGCUGAAGUCACUGGUGACAAGUACAAUCUGUUUAUGGUGGAGGAACCCAAUUCGGAGGGACCAGAUCCACGUGGUGGGCCUCGAGUAAGCUUUGGUUUGCUGCGGAAAGAGGUUUCAGAACCAGGACCCACUACACUUUGGCAAUACGUGAUUGCACUACUGCUAUUUGUUCUUACCACUGGCUCCUGCGUGGAAUUAGGAAUUGCAUCUCAGAUAAAUAGGCUUCCACCAGAGGUCAUGAAAUACUUCACAGAUCCAAAUGCUACUGAGCCACCUGAUAUGCAGCUGCUGCUCCCAUUUGUGGACUCUGCUUUGCCACUGGCAUAUGGUGUUUUGGGAGUUCAGCUAUUUCAUGAGGUGGGACAUUUUCUAGCUGCUUUCCCUAAGAAAGUAAAACUGGGUAUCCCGUACUUCAUUCCUAACAUUACACUUGGCAGCUUUGGUGCAAUCACCCAGUUCAAAUCAAUUCUUCCUGAUCGAAGGACAAAGGUUGAUAUCUCACUUGCCGGUCCAUUUGCUGGUGCUGCACUUUCUUUUCCAAUGUUCUGUGUUGGCCUGCUGCUCUCAUCAAAUCCAGGUGCUGCAGGAGAUCUGGUACAGGUGCCUAGCAUGCUAUUCCAAGGUUCCUUGCUUCUUGGACUCAUCAGCAGAGCCACUCUUGGUUAUGCGGCCAUGCAUGCGGCCACUGUCUCGAUCCACCCUCUUGUGAUUGCAGGCUGGUGUGGUUUAACGACGUCAGCUUUUAAUAUGCUUCCUGUUGGGUGCCUCGAUGGUGGAAGAGCUGUGCAGGGUGCUUUUGGAAAGAAUGCUCUGAUCGGCUUUGGUUUGACAACUUACACAUUGCUUGGACUGGGAGUGCUUGGUGGACCUUUAUCACUUCCAUGGGGGCUUUACGUACUGAUAUGCCAGAGGACCCUGGAGAAACCAUGCUUAAAUGACGUGUCUGAGGUAGGAACAUGGAGGAGAACAGCUUUGAUUGUUGCGAUACUUCUUGUUGUGUUGACUCUCCUUCCUUUGUGGGAUGAACUUGCUGAGGAACUGGGUAUAGGUCUUGUAACCACAUUUUGAUGUAUAAUUGUUCACAUAGGUAUACAAAUCCUUAGAAUAACCAAUUUCAUGUUACAUUUUUUAAACUUUUAUUACAUAAUAAUUGAUCAUUGAGAUGA